AUGCGCUUCACCACGUUAGUGGAACCUUUAUUUAAGAUGAUACCGGCCGCAGAUAUCGAGACACUUCCAUCCGCCGAAGUGUUGUAUCAUCGUCGCUCUUCGGAAGCCUGGUCAGAUGGCUAUCAUGAUCAAAAGAAAGGGGAAAGGGAGUCAAGUCAAGGACUUCUUUCAAAAACUCAUUCUCUCGCCCCUUCCAAGACGAUAUUUUUCUUCAAGAACAUCCUAGGGAUUUCAAUUCUCUUCUUAAUUCUUUUGAAUGCUCUACAGUUGAUAUUGAUCCUAACAACAAGUUUCAAUUACCCGAAAAAACGCCUUGCUUCACCCGAUAUUCCAGAACUAAGUAUCGAACGCUCUCAAACACGUCGGAUCGCUCGCACCAGCCCCUUCACUUCACGCAAUAUCACUGAUGGUAAUGAAGCUUGGCACAACAUUUUACCUGGUCACGGUGUUGUCGCUUUACCGGAAUCAUAUGUCAAAAAGAACAAGAUACCAGAGUCAACUGCAACUCAUCUGUAUGCUGGUGAUACAGAGCCCAAACAUAUCUAUUUUAUUGAAUCUUAUCAUGUUCUACACUGUCUCCGUAUGAUUCGCAGCCUCUACCAUUCCAUGGACUAUGGACUACCCAAAGAACCAUAUCUUCCUCCAUUAGACCACCCUUACCACUGUUUCGACCGAAUCCGUCAAUUCAUCAUGUGUAAUCCAGAUUAUACACUAGUACCCAAUAUAGCAGGACAAGAUAAAUCAGACUGGACACAACCGAACAAAAAGUGUCUGGAUUGGGAUGCAUUGAGAGAUUGGGCAGAAAAGUAUCAUGGAAAUUAUAUGGAUGCUUUUGCACUUUCGGCCAAAGAGAAAGAGGAGAUGGGGUAUGAUGAAGUGAAUAUUUAUAACAAUUAUAAAAAGGGUGAUGGGUUACCGGUAGGACAACUUUAG